AUGCCACUGGUGUAUUUAAUCAGUGAUGUGGCCUAGAUCUUGCUUCUCAUGAAAAUAUAGUCCAAAGUUCAUCCAAUACGCCCAUCGGUGACCAACUCAUUUGUUUGCAAACAUUAUUACUUCACACCAAACCAGCAAUGAUUGUGGACUAGAAGUAGACAUAUCGGGAACUUAAGGAAAGUUAGUAGCCUAUAUUGUGUAGGAUCAUGCAGGAAAUAUUUUCAUGAUUUAAUAUCGCAUCAUCAAAAAAAAUAAUAGCACCCAUCCGUAGUCAUGGAGGCGAGGGAGAGAAAAAUAAAUAAAACGAGUGAAAACUCGGAGAAUCAUGAGGAGAAAAUGGGAAACGGAGACGUGGCAGAACAAGAAGAAAUAAAGGGCAAGGUGACCAUGAAGAGGCAAGUGAGCCUACUAAGUGGUAUCGCCCUCAUUGUUGGAACUAUGAUAGGCUCGGGUAUCUUCGUUUCGCCGAAAGGAGUUUUAAGUCAAACCGAGAGCGUCGGUAUGAGUCUGGUUAUAUGGUUCCUCUGUGGCGUUCUCUCUACUAUAGGUGCGCUAUGCUAUGCCGAGUUGGGUACGCUCAUACCCAAAUCUGGCGGUGAAUACUCGUACAUAUUGGACACAUUUGGGUCCCCCCUGGCCUUCCUGUUUGCAUGGGUUUCUACACUUCUGAUCAGACCGUCCUCGGUUGCCAUCAUCAGUCUCAGCUUUGCAGAAUACGUAGCGGCUCCGUUCUUUGGAGGGGAGUGUGGCGCCCCUGAGGGCGUCAUCAAAAUGCUCGCUGCAGUGUGUGUCAUUUUAAUCGUUACUAUCAAUUGUGCCAGUGUCAGAUUGGCGACGGGUGUUCAGAAUGUUUUUACAGCAGCUAAGCUUCUAGCUUUAGUUAUCAUCAUUGUUGUUGGAUUUAUUCAGCUGAUACAAGGUAACACUCAAUAUUUGGAUCCUAAGAUCUCUUUUCAAGGUUCAACUGCUAAUGUAGCUGCAUAUGGGAUUGCCUUUUAUCAAGGAUUAUGGGCCUAUGAUGGCUGGAAUCAGCUAAACUACGUCACAGAAGAGCUUGUUAAUCCAUACAGAAAUCUUCCUCUUGCCAUUAUCAUCGGGAUACCUCUUGUUACAAUUCUGUAUCUCUUGGUUAAUAUUUCAUACUUCACCGUCAUGUCGCCGGAAGAACUAAUGCAAUCCAGUGCAGUAGCAGUGACGUUUGGCCAGCGAACAUUGGGUGUUAUGGCAUGGAUAAUGCCAUUCUCAGUAGCAUGUUCUACAUUUGGUGCUGCAAACGGAACACUUUUUACGGCUGGAAGACUUACUUACGUAGCAGCAAGAGAAGGUCAUAUGGUGGAGCUAUUGUCCAUGGUUCAUGUUAAGAGAUUAACUCCCUUACCUGCUAUGAUUUUCACGACGAUUCUAUCCAUAGCGAUGUUGAUACCCAGUGACUUUGAUACGUUGGUGAACUACUUCAGUUUCGCAGCUUGGAUGUUCUACGGUAUUACAGUAACAACACUGCUUUACCUCAGAUAUAAAUGGCCUGAUGCAAAGAGGCCAAUAAAGGUUCCGAUUGUAUUACCUAUCAUUGUAUUGAUAGCGGCAGUAUAUCUUGUGAUAGCACCUAUCAUUGAUGAACCUGCUCUCCAAUAUCUGUAUGCAUUCCUCUUCAUUCUGUCUGGUCUCAUCCUAUAUCUCCCGUUCGUUUACUACAAGAAGGAAUUAGGCUGCAUGAAAUACCUUACAAUGUUCUUUCAGUUGCUCUUUGAAGUAGCCCCCUCUAGGUUUGUGGCUCCUGAGGAAGAUGUCAGUCAGGAGGAAGAUGAACAAGCCAUAGUUGUGGAAUCAUGAUUGUCUGGAUAUAACACCAUUUUAACCAUUAAACCAGCAAUACCAUAAAUCGGCACGGUUGAUGUUUGGUAAAUGAACUUUUAUGUUAAUGUGGCCUUUUAAUCUGAAUCAUUCAAAUGUGGCCACAAUUGUUGUAUAAAAAGAGAAAUGGACACUACCUACCCCGGCUACCAACUAUCUUAAAUCAUGUACCUUUAAAUCAAUAAAAACUUUUUGUGUCAUAAAUUAUGUUAAUGGGACUGUAUAUGGCAAGUGAGAGUACUAAAAAAACACGUGAAGAUGAUCCUUGAAACUCAUACCAAAAUAUAUCAACAUAACUGAUAUUCACUAGAUGAAAUACUCCUCUAUUUUUGUUAAUGAUCGCUAGAAAACUUAUCAUUUGGAAAUUUUUGGUUAUUGAUUUCUGUAUUAUCUUAAGACGAUGGGCUAACUUGGAAUGUUUGUUAUAAAGUCGUGACAUGGCUUCAUGCAAUCACUAGACGAUUCGAAGGAUAGUGUAAGAAUGUAUCCAAUAACACUAGUAAAAGGGACAUUCUUCAGUGUUUGUUAUGUAAAAUGACGCCUUAUAAUCUAAUAUUGUGUGAAAAUGUACUCAUGAAAGAAGAUUUUUACAUGAUAUUUCACCCAAUAAACAUAUAUGAUCCCUUUCUUUUACUAAAUUAUGUUUGUUUAAACUUUUACUCAGCCAUUUAAAAUGUAAACUACAAAAUUAUUCCGAUAGAAACAAGCAUCAUUAUUACGAAGAGAAUGGUAAAAUUUACAAUCAAACCAACUUGUGCUUUCCGACUUUAUUUUAGGAUUUUAUCAUUAUUUUGAUCGAAGAGUGUGAUGUCUGCAUUGCGAUUGUUUGAAUGUUCAGCAAUCAUAUCAAUCAACAAUUCUUAUAAAGACGCUUUUCAGUAAUUCAUCUGGAUAACGUUUCCAAAAAAAAAAACUAAACACAAAUUGGUAAACUUAAAGAAUCAGAAAAAAAAUUGUUGUAUCAAUUCUGUUAAAGCAUUUUAGACUAUGUAAAGGCUGACAGUGAGAAUUAGAUAGAUCAAUGGUCACAAUGCGAAAUACUGAAUUCCUUUAGAUUUCGGAACCUUUAUCAUAAGUCAAUGGCACAAAAGAAAAGCAUGAAGUCAUUUAUUUUUUUACUUAUGAUCUGUUUACUUUUUUUCUCAUCUAGCUGUCAGUAAGAUAUUUUCGUUUGUUUUAUUGUUCUCUCGACAACCUUAUUCCGUAUAAAAGUACGGAUUGUGUCAUUUUGAUGCGAAGCUUUUGAGAAUGAACAAGGAUAUUUGCCUUUAUGUUCGAUGAUGUGAUAUAUAAGAUCGGUUUAUUUUCACUUGGUCUACGAGCAGCUGGUUCUCUUCCCAGAUAGUCUGAUAGCAUAUAGACUAACCCAUUUGGCCUAUACGACACACUACACUUAGAUUAAUUGUCAUUCAGUCUAAUGCACCGAUGGUCGAAUUUCUACUUCGACUACUUAUCAUUGUACACCUUGUCUAACGAAAUUCGGUUCAUAAACGAUUGAAGUGGUGUUAGAUCAAGUGGAUAUUAGACAAAAUGGGUAUAUACCCUAAUUAGAAAUUGUACAUUGUAAAUACUGAUUAUUAAGACGCAAGUAUGUUUAAAACCAGUAUUGUUGUUUAAACAAAUAUUGCUGUCGAUAAUUGGUGUAUGUAAUGUAAUUUUCAUCAAUCGCUAUAUAGGCAGCGAACGGUUCUCGCGUGUUUACUAUUUCUGAUCAAUUUUCUAUCAUUGCAUUGGGUUAAAAAAAUUAUAAAUGUAUUCAAGUUAUUUUCCCUGUAUAUAUUAUAUGUCAAUGUAAAUUUUGCCAUUUAUCUCUUAUGUUUGUUUUUAUAAAAGUUAAUUGUUAUGCUUGCCUAAAAAUAUCGCACCGGGAGUUUCAGUCAUAUGGCAGUUUUUAUCCAAUAUGCCUUCCACUGCCAGUAAAAAAUAAGAAAGAAGAAGAGAGACUGAUCUAACCAGUAAAAUAUGACUACUUUUCUAAUUCAACAAGAAACAAACGAUUCUAAGACUAUAAAAUAAUGUUAGCAUUACUAAAAAUCAUUUUGUACAUAGAAAAUUUAUAUUAUCAAUUUUAUCAAUAACAAGAAUUAUCUGAGAAUAUCAGUGUUAAAACGAAAAAUAUAAAAGUCUUGAUACCAUG